GACGUUCAUGCCCAGGGGAAGACUGCUUUGGGUCCCUCUGGACCUUUCCUAGAAAGAAGAUCCCGGUUCACUAGAUGAAUUCCAGAACCACCCAGUAAGGCUUCCAGAGCCCUCUUGAUCAGCCGACCUUCACCGAAGCCUCCAUCCCUCGAGAUGAGUGGCUUCCUCGCCUCCCUGGACCCCCGGCGGGUGCAGUGGGGAGCCGCCUGGCAUGCCAUGUACUCCAGAAUCCUGCGCACCAAACCAGUGGAGUCCAUGCUGGGGGGAACUGGGGCUGCCACUACACAUGGCACCAAGCUGGCCCAGGUGCUGACCACCGUGGACCUCAUCUCUCUCGGAGUCGGGAGCUGUGUGGGCACGGGUAUGUACGUGGUGUCGGGCCUCGUGGCUAAGGAGAUGGCAGGACCUGGCGUCAUUGUGUCCUUCAUCAUCGCAGCCGUGGCGUCGAUCUUAUCUGGUGUCUGCUACGCAGAGUUUGGGGUGCGUGUCCCCAAGACGACCGGCUCAGCCUAUACCUACAGCUAUGUCACCGUGGGGGAGUUCGUGGCGUUUUUCAUUGGCUGGAACCUGAUCCUCGAGUACCUGAUCGGCACAGCCGCCGGCGCCAGCGCUCUGAGCAGCAUGUUUGACUCGCUGGCAAACCACACCAUCAGUCACUGGAUGGUGGACACUGUGGGAACCCUCAACGGCCUAGGGAAAGGUGAAGAGUCCUACCCGGACCUGCUGGCCCUGGUAAUAGCGGUCAUCGUGACCAUCAUCGUGGCCCUGGGAGUGAAGAAUUCCGUGGGCUUCAACAACGUCCUCAACGUGCUGAACCUGGCGGUGUGGGUGUUCAUCAUGAUUGCAGGCCUCUUCUUCAUCAAUGGGAAGUACUGGGCGGAGGGCCAGUUCCUGCCGCACGGCUGGUCAGGGGUGCUGCAAGGAGCGGCCACGUGUUUCUACGCUUUCAUUGGCUUUGACAUCAUUGCCACCACGGGAGAGGAAGCCAAGAAUCCCAACACAUCCAUCCCCUAUGCAAUCACCGCCUCCCUGGUCAUCUGUUUGACGGCAUAUGUGUCUGUCAGCAUGAUCUUAACCCUGAUGGUGCCAUAUUAUGCCAUUGACACGGAGUCCCCGCUCAUGGAGAUGUUUGUAGCACAUGGGUUCUAUGCUGCCAAAUUCAUCGUGGCAAUUGGGUCAGUGGCAGGACUGACGGUCAGCUUGUUGGGCUCCCUCUUUCCAAUGCCGAGGGUCAUUUAUGCCAUGGCUGGUGACGGGCUCCUUUUCAGGUUCCUGGCGCACGUCAGCUCCUACACAGAGACCCCCGUGGUGGCCUGCAUUGUGUCAGGCUUCCUGGCAGCUCUGCUCUCCCUGCUGGUCAGCCUAAGAGACUUAAUAGAGAUGAUGUCCAUCGGCACGCUCCUGGCCUACACCUUGGUCUCCGUCUGUGUCCUGCUCCUUCGAUACCAGCCCGAGAGUAACAUCGAUGGCUUGGUCAAGUUCCUGUCUGAGGAGCAUACGAAGAAGAAGGAGGGCAUCCUCGCCGACUGUGAGAAGGAGAUCUGCUCCCCUGUGAGCGAAGAAGAGUUUUCUGGUCCAGCCACCAACACGUGUGGGGCCAAGAACUUACCCUCCUUGGGUGACAAUGAGAUGCUCAUAGGGAAAUCAGACAAGUCCGCCUACAGUGUCAACCACCCCAACUACGGCACAGUGGACAUGACCACGGGCAUCGAAGCUGAUGAAUCCGAGAACAUUUAUCUCAUCAAGCUGAAGAAACUGAUCGGCCCCCGUUACUACACCCUGAGGAUCCGGCUGGGCCUCCCGGGGAAAAUGGACCGGCCCACGGCGGCCACGGGCCACACGGUGACCGUCUGCGUGCUCCUCCUCUUCAUCCUCAUGUUCGUCUUCUGCUCCUUCAUCAUCUUCGGCUCCGACUACAUCUCAGAGCAGAGCUGGUGGGCCGUCCUCCUCGUGGUUCUGAUGGUACUGAUCAUCAGCGCGCUGGUGUUCGUGAUCCUGCAGCAGCCGGAGAACCCCAAGAAGCUGCCCUACAUGGCGCCUUGCCUCCCGUUUGUGCCUGCCUUCGCCAUGCUGGUGAACAUCUAUCUCAUGCUAAAGCUCUCCACCAUCACCUGGAUCCGGUUCGCCGUCUGGUGCUUUGUGGGCAUGCUCAUUUACUUUGGGUACGGCAUCUGGAACAGCACCCUGGAAAUCAGCGCCCGCGAGGAGGCCCUGCACCAGAGCACGUAUCAGCGCUACGACGUGGAUGACCCCUUCUCGGUGGAGGAGGGCUUCUCCUACGCCCCAGAGGGAGACGGCCAGGAGGACUGGGCCCAGCCGGCCGAGGACAAAAGCUACUCCUACCAACAGAUGGCAGAUGCUAAGGCCAACAGCCGGACAAGUAGCAAAGCAAAGAGCAAAAGCAAACACAAACAGAACUCAGAGGCCCUGAUUGCAAACGAUGAGUUAGAUUACUCCCCAGAAUAAGAGCAAACACGCGCGAGGGUGGAGAGGACGGCGAUUUCUUUUCGGUAAUUUCAUCUGUGGGCUACAAUGUGAACACUUUCUCUUUUUGGCUCUCAUUUCACAAACCCAGCCUCCCCCAGAGUCAGUCCCCUGACAUGGCCUGUCAUUUGCUACUUUUGCUCUUCAGGAUAGCUAGCUGGGUUGACGGGAGGUCACCCUGGGUUCCAUACCUCCUUCCCGCAAGAAAAGCUAAGUAGGAGGUGACAAGAAAUUCCUUCUUAGAUGCAACCAUCAGAGACGAUGGU